GCUGCGAGCGAUGCUCACUUCCGCUUUGUCUUCGCACCGGUGGAGAGAUGUCUGAUGUAGCGAAGGAGAGAGCGGCUCGUCUGUUCAAGAAGAUAGGCAGCCUGUCCUCGCUCAGCAGCCACGACGUCAGAGCCAAGGAAACGGUGGGCAAGACCAAAGAUUCCAUAAGCACGGUGUCCUACAUUGACGAGCCAGGACAGCACGACGAAAACCCACGACCUGCUGUGCAGAUGGAGAACACCUACCAGCUCGGUCCAGUGAAACGGUUCCCGGUGCUGACUGUGAACAACAUCCUGAAGGAUGUUCUUACGAGUUACCUGCAGGAAGAGAAGUACGAAGCGGAGCUCUGCCGGCAGAUGACAAAAACAAUAUCUGAGGUUAUAAAGGCAAGGGUGAAGGAGCUCAUGAUCCCCCGAUACAAGCUUAUAGUGCUAAUCGGCAUCGGGCAGCUGAGUGAGCAGAACAACUUGCGCAUUGCCAGCAGAUGUCUGUGGGACCCCUCCAGCGACACCUUCGCGUCGUACGCAUUCAAGAACAGCUCCCUUUUUGCCGUCGCCAACGUCUACGCUGUGUAUUUUGAGUGACUCCAUCCCAGUAGCGUAUCUGGGGCAGCGGGUAGCAAAGCGGUUAAGAGCACUGCCACUACUGUAAGGUUGCUUGUUCAAGUACAGCGUCAGGUUGUGCCGUACUACUCCUCGUAUCCUGAAUUACCGCAGUAAGAGAUCCAUCUGCAUGAAUGGAUAAAAUUGCAGUUCACUUUGGAUAAAAGAAUAAGUAAUGAACGAUAAUACACAAUCAUGUAGUUAAUGUUUUGUAUGUCAUAUACAUAUGUGGGCAAUGUUUAGGUAAUGAAAAAUGCAGUCAUAGACACUGUUGGUGCAGGACAAACACCAGAACUGGAACCUCUGAAGGAGAUGGAAAUGAAUUUAGAUGCUGCGACUAUAACUACUGUCAAUAUCACAUUUUAUUAAUUUUGGAAGUUUCAGGAGAUUAAACAUAAUUGUGUUCUUAGGUAACGGGCAGGGCAGUGAAAAUGUUGCCGUGAAUUUUAUUAUGUAUGCCGAAAUAUGAAUAAAAUAUUUGGGUUCAUCUAUUUGUGACUGGUCAAAAUGAUCAGUAAGAAAGUUUGCAUUGUUAAACCAACUUGCCUUGAUAGGAUAACACUUGAAUGUACUAUUUUAAGAGACACAUGACAAGUCACUAAAACUGUGACUAGAAUGUAAGUUACUGAUUUUCAGUAUGUUGAUGGUAAAAAAAAUAAAUAAAUAAAAGGUAG